GUCGCAUUACAGCCGCGCUCUGAAAUCACCUGUGAGUCGGCGCGCACGUCAUUCUGCAUACCCGAUGUGGGUGUACACAAGUUACUACGGACCUGUUGCACUCCAACUCUUAUCACAAACAUUUAACUCUCCUCUGCGGUGCCUUUAUUGAAGUUGAAAUAGCAUACGAUAUUUAAUCUAGGAACAUUUAUCCAGGUGUCCAGAUUCAGAGCUGCAGUGUGAGUGAAGAGGGUAUCCACAGGUCAGAGGUCACAUAAAGCCUGCAGAACCAAAAAAACAACCCCCAAACUGUUCACUCCCAGCAAGCCCAGCUUCCAGAACUCAAGAGACUUUGGAGGCAGUAGCAUGAGCAGCAGUGUGGCUGACCUGCCCACCUUCUCCCCCAGCCUUUUUGCCCCCAGUGCCUUCAACUAUGCUCGGCCACGCCAGUUCAUCCAGUCUCAGCCAGCCUUUCAGGCCACCAGCUACAAUGUCGCCCAGGCUCUGCCUCAGCCCAGCGGGAACAGCAGCAAGGCCUCUCCUUCCUCUUCCAAUCUGAGCUUCCCCAUUUCCACCCCUGCAUCCUCACAGCUGACGGUGUUCCCUCGUGAUCCUCCUCCCUCCGCUGCCCAGUCCAUGUCCCCCUCUUGCGCCCCCAUGCGCUCCACUAUCACCCUCACCCCCAGGGCCUAUGCCAGUGUCCCAGCCCCACCUGAGCCCAAGCCCAAGUCUUCUCCAGCUGCCUUCCUCUGCUCUGUCCUGCCCUCUCAGUCCACCCCACAUUACAAGCCUGCUCCCAUGUCUAUUCCUCAGCCUCUAUCCCCAGCUCUCUCCCCCAACCCCCCCAACCCUCUGCCUAAGCCCAGGUUUGAUGCCUCCCUGCACAUGGGACAGGGACUGUCUCUCCCUACACAGAGCCUGCCUAUGAGUCAGUUUCCCCACUCUCCGCCCCCGGUUUCCAUGCCACAGCCCCCCUUUCCUCCUCCCUCAUGUGUGUCUCUGCCUCCUAGCUACAGAGGGACCCCAAACAUCCUUCCCAAGCCCCCCCUGAAGAAGGCUCCUGUUCCUAGGUCAGGGUCCCGCAACACGGAUGACGAUAUCCAGGGCUCCAAGGACGCCCUGAUCCAGGAUCUGGAGAAGAAUCUGCGUACCAAAGAGGCCCGUAGGCAAAACAGCCAGAAGCUGUCCUAUGAGGAGCGCAUGGCUCGGAGGUUGCUGGGUCCAGAUAACGCUGCCUCUGUCUUUGAGAAUUCCUCUGACUCACAACCCGACCAGGUUAGACGGGAUGUUCCCUGUACCGUGUGUGUGACUAGUCCCCUGUCACUGUCCAUCACCCCUGAGUCCUCCUCACACAAUGGGCCUGGCCUCUGGUUCUGUUGUCCUCUUCAGUCACAGGAGAUAAGUCUACAGCCAAUCCACAGCGCUCUUCAAAGAAUGCAGCUAGAAAUAGCAGGGCCAGAAUCACCAGAGGGACGUAACACCGGAGGAAUAUGGGGCAAACACCACUCCGGUACUGAUGUCAACGAGGGCUCAGCCAUCCAGGAGAAGUGCUAUGCUCCACGCUUCAUCCAGGUCCCCCAGGACCUCACGGUGGAGGAGGGCAGGUUCUGUAGGAUCCAAUUCAAGGUGGGGGGUCUGCCCACACCAGACGUGACCUGGUACCUGGAUGGUAAAGCCAUCCGUCCAGACGACUACCACAAGAUGCUGGUGUGUGAGAAGGGCAUGCACUCCUUCAUCAUUGAGAUCGUGACGGUGCAUCACGCCGGAGUCUACGAGUGUAUUGCCAGGAACCGCGCCGGGGAGAACCGCUUCUCCAUGAAACUGGAGGUUAUCGCCCAGGAGGUGCUUCGUCCCCCUACCUUCGUCCAGAAGAUGCUGAACUCUCGUGCCUUGGAGGGGGACACAGUGAGGUUAGAGUCGAAGGUGGCUGCCUCCCCUCCACCAAAGCUCUUCUGGAAGAAAGACAAAGACAUGCUACGCAUUGACCCCACCAGAAUGAGCCUGUACCAGGACAGCACAGGAAGUCAAUGCCUGCUCAUUGAGAGGCUAGUCAAAUCUGAUGCAGGCUGGUACACCCUGUCUGCCAUCAAUGAGGCCGGCAUGUCCACCUGCAAUGCCAGACUGGAUGUAGGAACUCGCACCAACAAGCCUGCCCCCCCUACAGGCAAGCAUUUUAAAGUCCCCCUACUCCGCCAUCUCCCCAUCCUGUUUCCGGACCCCCCCCUGUACGAGAGUGAGGAGCUUUAGACGACACUAAACCAGCAGUAUAAUAACCUGUUGUACCCCUCUGCUCCACUUUAUACUGGUCUGUCAGUCUGUCCACUGAGACGGUCAUGUUGUCUGUGCCUGGGGGAGGAAAUUAAUCAAAGUUUUGAGGAAGCAGAUAUACCCACAGUGCCUCAGUCUCAAUCAGGACACCUCACCAGUCCCCGCAUUUGUCAAAUGCACUUUAGUUCGAGCCCUUCUGUUGUUUUUUUUAGGGUGGGCUGGUUAGAUGGUUCUCAACAUCAUCCUCUAGUAUGGUGAAUCUUACCUGGCCUGAGCACAGACCUUUGUCAAAUGCUGUCUCUGUGGUUUGCUGUUCUAGUUCAAGAAUGAAUCAUGUAUUGUCUCCAGAUAUCUAACCCUUUUGAAGUUCCUUUACAAAAAGCAGCAUUUAUGACUGCUGCUUCAAGUGAGACUCUUUCUGGUUUUAAAAAGGUAACAUUAUUUUAAUGUAUAAAGUAUUUAUUGGACAAUUCUGAAAUGUAAACGGUUGCCUUCACACCCAAAUGUACGACCUCUGUCUGAUUCUGACCAUAGAAAAACAUUUAAGUCUUAUGUAUGUGAAUGAAUGCGUAAUAAAGUUUUUACAACACA